CUGGCUUUGCCACUCUAGUCUUGCCGCUCUCGUACUCAAAACCCUACAACCCCCAACCAUCUGAGAACUAGGGUUUUGUGUUGUGUUUUUCUUUUUUCGACCUUCUAAAUCUAUCAACAUCUUUCUUUAAUUCUAACAUGGGAAAGGCUAGCAAGAAAUCUGCUACCAAAGUUGAUGUUGCUCCUGUUGUAGCUGCUCUUACAAAGUCUGCCCAGAAACGUGUCAAGAGAGAAGCUGAAGAUGCUAUUGAGGAGAAGCCAGUUGUUUUGAAGAAGCAGAAAGGAAAUGACGGGGUAGCACAGGCUGUUCAGAAAGAGAAAGCUCAAGCUAAGACGCCUAAGAAAACAAAGAAAGAGGAGACCAGUAGUUCAGAUGAUGAUUCUUCGGAUUCUGAGGAAGAACAGAAGGUUAAAGUUGUGGCCAAGAAGGGACUUAAUGUUGCAAAACCCCCUGUCAAAGACUCUAGUAGUGAAGAGGAUGAUUCAUCAUCUGAUAAAGAACCCCCGAAGAAGCCAGUAGCUGCAAAAAAUGGCUCUGUCGUUGCCCCUGCUAAGAAAAACAAGGCAGCUAGUAGCAGUUCAGAUUCUUCUGACAGUGAUUCUGAUUCUGGUUCUGGUUCUGACGAGGAACCUCCAAAGAAGCAGGCGGUUGCUGCUAAGAAACCUGCUGUUGUUGUCCCUACUAAGAAUAGCGAGCCUGACAGUAGCUCGGAUUCCUCAGAUGAUUCUGAUUCUGAUGUGGAUAAAUUGGCCAAAGUGACUUCCCAACCAAAAAAAUUGCCAGUAUCUGCUGCCAAGAAUGGGUCUGUUGCUGCUAAGAAAUCAAGUGAUGGUUCUGAUGAUGAUACUUCAAGCUCAGAAGAUUCUUCAGAUUCUGAUGAGGAGAAUGAAACCCCUGCAACAGCUUCGGUAGCCAAAAUGGUCCCAGCUGUUAAGAAUGUUACUGCUGCUGCACCCAAGAGAAAAGCUGAGUCAAGUGAUAGCUCUGAUGAGGAUACUGAUGAUAGCAGUGAUGAAGAAGAGAAAGCAGCUGUUGUGAAGAAAGGAUCUGUUGCAGCUCCCAAGAAAAAGGUAGAGUCCACAAGUAGCUCUUCUGAGGACAGUGAGGAGGAGAAAAAGAUGGAUGUUGAUAGUAGUUCUGAGGAGGAGAGCGAUGACGAGCCUCAGAACAAAAAGCCCAACGUACCUGUAAAAAAUGCUAAAACUGUUAAAAAGGAAAGCAGUAGUGAUGAGGAUGAUGAAGAUGAUGAAGAUGAAAGUGAGGAGGAAGAAGCAGUCAAGACUCCAAAGAAAAAGGACACUGAUGUAGAAAUGGUAGAUGCUGAUUUGAAAUCUGGAAAGAAAGCUCCCCAAACGCCCUUCACUCCUCAAGCUCUAUCAACCGGAUCAAAAACAUUGUUUGUUGGCAAUCUACCUUUCCAAGUUGAACAAGCUGAUAUAGAAAAUUUCUUUAAGGAUGCUGGGGAGGUAGUUGAUAUCCGUUUGGCAUCAGAUGCUGAUGGAAGAUUUAGAGGCUUUGGAUAUGUUGAAUUUUCUACUGCAGAAGCUGCAAAUAAAGCUCUUGAGUUGAAUGGUCAAAUGUUGGGUAAUCGCGAAGUUAGGCUUGAUUUGGCUCAGGAAAGGGGCUCAUACACAGCACCUUAUAGCGGCAAAGAAACCAACUCAUUCCAGAAGGGAGGGAGAGGUUCCUCCCAAACAAUAUUUAUCAGGGGUUUUGAUUCAUCACUUGGACAAGAUGAGAUUAGGAGUGCCCUGGAAGCUCAUUUUGGUUCUUGUGGAGAGGUGUCAAGGAUUUCUAUUCCUCAAGAUUACAACUCUGGUGGCCUUAAGGGGUUUGCUUACAUGGACUUCACGGGUAGCAGUGGUUUCAACAAAGCUCUAGAACUGAAUGGAUUAGAACUUGGCGGGUAUUCUUUGAUUGUGGAAGAGGCAAGACCAAGGGGUGAUGGCUCAGGCAGUGCUCGAGGUGGUGGCCGCAGUGGUGGGAGAAGUGGCGGGAGAAGUGGUGGUAGAGAUGGUGGUAGUCGGUUUGGUGGUAGAGAUGGUGGUAGUCGGUUUGGUGGUAGAGAUGGUGGUAGUCGGUUUGGUGGUAGAGGACGUGGAGGUGGCCGAGGUGGUGGUAGAGGACGUGGAGCGCCUAAUAGGCCAAGUAUGGCUGCUGCAGGCACAGGGAAGAAGACAACUUUCAAUGAUGAGGAUUAUUGAAGCAUUGAGGACGAGAGGCUUUUUGUUUUUGGCCAGUUUUUUACUUUUAUGAAGUAUUAAUAUCUUUUUUUUUUGGUAGUUUAGUAGAAGAUUUGAGGUCUAAGAAUUCCAAAUUAAGUUAAUGUUACCUGGGAUUAGUUUUGUUGCCAGAUGCAAUGAAAUAUGUUUCUUACUGAGCUAUUAUAAUCUAUUAUUAAUUUAUCACAAAAUUUUUGUCCA